AGUUAUCAUGAUGACGACCAUGAGGAUCAAACUCCCGCAUCAGAGCGUUUUAGAUAGCAAUCAGUUGGCGUCAAACUGUCUCGGGUUGAAGAUCUUCUCGCAGAAGAAUUUUCUCGCAGAUUAGAAAAAUUCUUUUGGAGGAUUAAAGUGCAAAAAAACUCAAAGAUAAAUCAACUUUCUUCAAACAGUUUGAGUGCUUUUGUGAUAAAUUUAAUUGAAGCUUUCUUAUGGCUUCUUCAGAAGCUGAAGAUGCCGUCUUUGACAAGCUCAUUGCAAUGGUUGGGGACUGGGGCCCUUUCCAGAAGCGCUUCAACUACCUCUUCAAUGGAGCCCAAAUUAUAUUUGUCUCAAUGUCCUUCAUGAAUAUUGUCCUGGCGCUCAAUAUUCCCGAUCAUCACUGCAAUGUUCCCGGUCGUGAAAACACAAAUUUCUCCCUGGAUGAGUGGAAAGAGAUCGUAUUGCCCAAGGAGAAAAAUAACAGAGAUAUGGAAGUUCUGAGCUCAUGCAAAAUGUACAAUAUUACUGGAGUUGAUAUCCAGAACAUUUGGGAAAAUACCACAAAACCUGAAGAGGUUUUCAAUGAGACAAUUAGCUGUACCCAUGGUUACAUUUACGAUAAGCAAUGGUAUGAGAAGACGGUGGUGAGCCAGGAGGAUUGGGUCUGUGACAAGAAUAUCUAUGUUACCAACAUAUUUGUCUUUAAUCGUAUUUCACAAGUUUUUGGUACAUUAAUCUUUGGGCAACUGGGAGAUAAGAUUGGACGACGAUUUAUUUACUACAUAAGUAUGCUGCUGACCAUUUCUGGGCGUUUUCUGUCCAUUGUUACCUCAUCGUCCUUCCUCCUGUUCUCAAUUGCCUCAAUUAUUGGUUGCUGUGCCGCCAAUACGGCCUUCCAGUCGCCUCUAAUCAUUGCUUUGGAGACUUCUAAAUCGGAGCUUCGAGCGCAUAUAGCCAUGAUGCAGUACGUGGGAUGGACAGUCGGUCUGUGCAUAAUGCCAAUGGUUUUCUGGUGGGUGCGAGAUUGGGUUUGGUUUAUUGUUCUAACAACCAUUCCCUAUGCAAUGUUUGUAAUUCCAAAGUACAUGAUUGAGUCACCACGAUGGUUAGCUAAUCAACGUCGCUACAAAGAUUGCGCCAAACAACUGAAUACAAUUGCUAAAAUUAAUGGAAAAGACGUAAAUAUAACUGAAAAGCUCCUAAUUGAGAUGCUUCCAACUGCAUCAGAGGAGAAAGUAUACGGGCUAGCUUCAAUCUUCUCAAGCUGGAGACUGGCUAAGAACUCAUGCCUUCUAAUGCUGAAUUUAUCCAUUUGCUGCAUUGUCUACCUCUCAAUUAUUCUCAACAUCUCACGCAUGGGUGGCAAUCCUUUUGUCAAUUUCUUCUGGCAGAGUUUCAGUGAACUACCAGCAUCUAUUAUUGGGCAGAAGAUGGGCGAUAUCAUUGGCAGACGCUACACGAAUGUUAUAGCAUUCCUCCUUGGUGCUCUCGGAUGUCUUGGAGCUGUAUUUAUGGUCCAAAAUCCUGAGAUGGAUUUCUAUGCAACAUCUUUUACGGUUUUUGUAAAAAUGAUGAUCAUGAUUAACUUCUUUGCAAUUGGCUUGCAAUCUAUGGAAACCUAUCCAACUUGCAUAAGACAAACUGGAAAUUCUGUUAGUGUAAUUAUUGCCAAUGGUUUUGGAGUUCUUGGUCCAUAUAUCGUUCAUUUGGGAACAAACUUUGAUGCACGAUAUCCUUUCAUCAUAAUGGGUAUUCUGCUGCUUAUUGGAGCUCCUGCCAGUUUAUUCCUACCUGAAACUCUACACGAAAAGAUGCCAGAGACACUGCAGGAAGCGCAGGAGUUUGGCGCUAAUCAACCCUUCUGGUUCUACCCCAGAGCACCGUCCAAAGAUUCCAAAUCAGAAUGUGAAGAGAAUGCAAAGACAGACGAUGUGAAUGAGAAGCUAAAUCAACCACAAUUCCAACCAUGAGAUUUAAUUGUAAGAAGAAUUUUAGACUCUUCAAGAUUUUUUUUUAGUUUUUACUGCUUGUUGCUUUUUAAGCUUUUUAGUUUGUUGCAAAGAAAUAAAUUUGUUUUUGAAAGAAAAA